AUGACAAAUCCUAUCCUAUCAUUAGUGUCUUUUUUUUUUUGUGAUUCAGUGGCUGUGAAUAAGAAGAAAGCAUCGAUCAAUGUCAUGUUCACUCCAACAUGGAUAUGCUUCCUUCUCCUCUUCCACUUCUAUAUCUCCAUCGCCGCCUCCGUUCCUUCUCCAACCGACACCCUAAAGCCAACUGAAUCAAUCACCGACGACAGGCAAAACAGGAAAAUCGUUGUCUCAGCUGAAAGCAAUUUUGCAUUGGGUUUUUUCAGCCCUGGAACUUCUAGUUACAGGUACGUCGGGAUCUGGUUUCAUAAAAUUCCUGAAGCCACCGUGGUUUGGGUCGCCAACAGAGACAACCCAAUCAACGAUUCCUCCGGAGUCCUUUCCGUAGCUCUAGAUGGGAAUCUCGUCAUCACAUCCAACAGCGAUCAGAGACAUCCUCUCUGGUCCACCAAUGUCUCCAUAAGUUCCAACACCACUGUUCUGCAGCUCCUGGAAACCGGAAACCUGGUUCUAUACAGCGGCGGCGAUAGGAGUAGGAUCCUGUGGCAAAGCUUCGACCAUCCGACACACGCAUUCCUUCCUGGCAUGAAAGUGGGGUUGAACCGGAGGACCGGUUUGAACUGGGUCUGGACAUCCUGGAAGUCUAAAGACGACCCUAGCCCCGGGAUUUACUCGUACAGAAUGGACACAAGGGGGUCACCCCAGACAAUCUUGUAUAAGGGUUCGGCCCCGCUCUGGCGAGCCGGUUCGUGGAACGGUCAAAGACUGAGCGGUGUCCCAGCGAUGAACCAGCCCUACAACUACCUCUUCACUGACGACUUCGUCAAUACCACCGACGAGCUCUACAUGACCUACAACGUUUACAACUCCUCCGUUUACUUACAAUUCGUGAUUGAUGAUUCCGGGACCAUCCUAUCUAUGAUUUGGGUAGAGAAUCGAUGGACUACAUUCUAUGAGUUUCCCAGCGAUAAGUGCGACUACUACGGACAGUGCGGAGCCUACGGGAGCUGUCGCAUACCUGAGGAGAACGCGGUGGAGUGCGCGUGUCUGCCGGGUUUCCAACCCAAGUCUCCGAGACAAUGGAACUUGAAGGAAUGGUCAGAUGGGUGCGUGAGGAAGAGAAACCUUGGGUGUGGCAAGGGAGACGUUUUCUCGAAGUUGGUAGGGGUGAAGCUUCCAGACACGUCCAUGUCCCUUGUCGACAAUAAUCUGAGUCUCAAGGAAUGCGAGCAACAAUGCUUGAAGAACUGCUCUUGCACUGCUUACGCCGCCGCUGAUAUAACCGGUGGAGGCAGUGGUUGCAUUGCUUGGUUUGACAACUUGACAGACAUUCGAUAUUUCACUUACAGCGGCCAAGAUUUAUACAUACGAGUUGAUUCAGUGGAGCUAGCUGCACAAGCAAGAACAGAUAAAGGAUUUCUUCACAAGCAGAGAGUGACGAUUCUUACUGUGUCUCUUGUUAUGGGUGUGCUUCUCUUUGGUGCAUGCGUGUACCGUUUGCUGAAGAAGAAAAAAGGCAAGGAAAAAAAAAGUAGUUUUCUUAAUGUUUUAAUAGCUUCACCAGUGGCUAGUUAG